AUGGUGUUUUUUUUUUACAUUUUCAAUCAUUCAUACAAUAUAUUUGCUGUAUCUAUUAAUCUUAUUUUUUUCGCUUUUCUCCCUCCUAUUCAAAUUAUAUUGCACACUUUUUACUUUUCUAUCUAUCUAUCUAUCUAUCUAUCUAUCAUUUUUAUCUAUGUCUAUUCUGCUCUUUUUUCAUAUCUAUCUAUCUAUUUUAUCUAUCUAUCUAUCUAUCUAUCUAUGUCUAUUCAGCACUCUUUUUUCAUAAUCUAUCUAUCUAUCUAUCUAUCUAUCUAUCUAUCUAUGUCUAUUCAGCAUUUUUUCAUUUUUUUUCUAUCUAUCUAUCUAUCUAUCUAUCCUAUUCUAUCAUCUAUUCAUCUAUUCACAUUCAUUCUCUAUCUAUCUAUCUAUCUAUCUAUCUAUCUAUUCAUCUCAUCUAUCUAUCUAUCUAUCUAUUAUCAUCUAUCUAUCUAUGUCUAUUCAUCUAUCUAUCUAUCUAUCUAUCUAUUCUAUUCAUAUCUCUAUUCAGCACUUUUUUUCAUAUCUAUCUAUCUAUCUAUCUAUCUAUCUAUCUAUGUCUAUUCAGCACUCUUUUUUCAUAUCUAUCUAUCUAUCUAUCUAUCUAUCUAUCUAUCCUAUCUAUUCAUGUCUAUUCAGCACUCUUUUUUUUUCAUAUCUAUCUAUCUAUCUAUCUAUCUAUCUAUCUAUCUAUCUAUCUAUCUAUCUAUGUCUAUUCAGCACUAUUUUUUUCAUAUCUAUCUAUCUAUCUAUCUAUCUAUCUAUCUAUCUAUGUCUAUUCAGCACUCUUUUUUAUCUAUCUAUCUAUCUAUCUAUCUAUCUAUCUAUCUAUCUCUAUUCAGCACUCUUUUUUUUCAUAUCUAUUCAUUUCUAUCUAUCUAUCUAUCUAUCUAUUCAGCACUCUUUUCAUAUCUAUCUAUCUAUCUAUCUAUCUAUCUAUCUAUGUCUAUUCAGCACUCUUUUUUCAUAUAUCUAUCUAUCUAUCUAUCCUAUCUAUCUAUCUAUCCUAUGUCUAUUCAGCACUCUUUUUCAUAUCUAUCUAUCUAUCUAUCUAUCUAUCUAUCUAUCUAUCUAUCUAUCUGUCUAUUCUAUCUUUUUUCAUAUCAUCUAUCUAUCUAUCUAUCUAUCUAUCCAUCUAUCUAUCUAUCUAUCUAUCUAUUGUCUAUUCAGCUUUUUUCCAUAUUAUCUAUCUAUCUAUCUAUCUAUCUAUCUAUCCUGUCUAUUCAGCACUCUUUUUUUUCAUAUCUAUCUAUCUAUCUAUCAUCUAUCAUCUAUCUAUCUAUCUAUUCAGCACUCUUUUUCAUAUCUAUCUAUCUAUCUAUCUAUCUAUCUAUCUAUCUAUCUAUGUCUAUUCAUCACUCUUUUUUUUAUUCAGCACUCUAUCUAUCUAUCUAUCUAUCUAUCUAUCUAUCUAUCUCUAUCUAUCUAUCCAUCCUAUUCAGAUUUUUUUUCAUAUCUAUCUAUCUAUCUAUCUAUCUAUCUAUCUAUCUAUCUAUCUAUCUAUCUAUGUCUAUUCAGCACUCUUUUUCAUUAUCAUCUAUCUAUCUAUCUAUCUAUCUAUCUAUCUUCUAUCUAUGUCUAUUCAGCACUCUUUUUCAUAUCUAUCUAUCUAUCUAUCUAUCUAUCUAUCUAUCCAUUCUAUCUAUGUCUAUUCAUCUAUCUAUCUAUCUAUCUAUCUCUAUCUAUCUAUCUAUCUAUCUAUCAGCACUCUUUUUCAUAUCUAUCUAUCUAUCUAUCUAUCUAUCUAUCUAUCUAUGUCUAUUCAGCACUCUUUUUUCAGCAUAUCUAUCUAUCUAUCUAUCUAUCUAUCUAUCUAUCUAUCUAUGUCUAUUCAGCACUCUUUUUUUUCAUCUAUCUAUCUAUCUAUCUAUCUAUCUAUCUAUCUAUCUAUCUAUGUCUAUUCAGUCUUUUUUUUCAUAUCUAUCUAUCUAUCUAUCUAUCUAUCUAUCCAUCUAUCUAUCUAUGUCUAUUCAGCACUCUUUUUUCACAUCUAUCUAUCUAUCUAUUAGAUCUAUCUAUCUAUCUAUGUCUAUUCAAAAAAUUCAUUCUAUCUAUCUUUCUAUCUUGUUCUAUCUAUCUAUCUAUCUAUUCAGCACUCUAUAUUCAUCUAUCUAUCUAUCUAAUCUAUCUAUCUAUCUAUCUAUCUAUCAUAUGUCUAUUCAGGAUUCAUCUAUCUAUCUAUCUAUCUAUCUAUCUAUCUAUCUAUCUAUCUAUCUAUCUAUGUCUAUUCAGCACUCUUUUUUUCAUAUCUAUCUAUCUAUCUAUCUAUCUAUCUAUCUAUCUAUCUAUCUAUGUCUAUUCAGCACUCUUUUUUUCAUAUCUAUCUAUCUAUCUAUCUAUCUAUCCUCUAUCUAUCUAUGUCUAUUCAGCACUCUUUUUCAUAUCUAUCUAUCUAUCUAUCUAUCUAUCUAUCUAUCUAUUCAUCCCUUUUUUCUUCCUAUUCAUUCUAUCUAUCUAUCUAUCUAUCUAUCUAUCUAUCUAUCUAUCCCUGUUUAUCUAUCUCCUAUCUAUCUAUCUAUCUAUUCGUAUCUAUCUAUCUAUCAUCAUCUAUCUAUCUAUCUAUCUAUCUAUCUAUCUAUCUAUCUAUCUUAUCUAUCUCUGCACAUGCAUGCAUAUAACAGACACACAGACAGACACACACAUAUAUAUAUAUAUAUAUAUAUCUAUCUAUCUAUCUAUCUAUCUAUCUAUAUCUAUCUAUCUAUCUACGUCUCUUCUUAUCUAUCUAUCCUCAUUCUCCUCAUCAUUAUUUCUAUUUUCUGCUUUCGCUUUCCUUCCCUCUCUCUCCCUCUCAUGCAAUUAUGCAUCCAUAUAAAAAUAGAGGAAGGCCGUUGGGAGAAAAGAGAGAGAGAAAGAGAGACAGAGAGAAAGAUGGAGAGAGGAGAGAGAGUAUUUAAUGUAUUUCUCCUUACACUCCUUUAG